GAACAGGAAGCAGAAGAGGAAGAGGAACAGGAAGCAGCAGUCGCAGCAUCAGAAGAAGCAGCAGCAGCAGCUCCACCAUCAGAGCCGCUCAGUGACGUUUAUCACUUACAACAGAGAAACAUCCUCGUGUCUGAGCGACGUGACCGUUACUCCUCUCCCGCACGUGACCGACGAUGGCUGUGAACGUGUACUCCACCUCAGUGACCAGCGACAACCUCAGUCGUCAUGAUAUGCUGGUUUGGAUCAAUGAGUCUCUACAGAUGAACCUCACCAAGAUUGAAAUGUUGUGUACAGGUGGCGCCUACUGCCAGUUCAUGGACAUGCUGUUCGCCAACUCGGUGCCUCUGAAGAAAGUGAAAUUCGGUGCCAAGCUGGAACACGAAUACAUCCACAACUUCAAGCUUCUGCAGGUUUCCUUCAAAAAGAUGGGAGUUGACAAAAUCAUUCCAGUGGACAAACUGGUGAAGGGCAAGUUUCAGGACAACUUUGAGUUCGUCCAGUGGUUUAAAAAGUUCUUUGAUGCCAACUACGAUGGGAAGGAAUACGAUCCAGUGGAGGCAAGGCAGGGCCAGGACGCCGUGUCCUCAUCCAACGCCGCCACAUCAGCGCUCAACAAACCCCCGAAGAAGGCCUUAAAUCCAGCUCCUCAGAGGCCACCCGUCGCCAAGGUGGCGCCUAAGUUGGCUCCGGUGAGCGUGAGGAAAACGGGGAUGGGAGGAGGCGAUGAGGAGAGGACGGAGCUCAUGAAUGAGCUGGAGAUCCUGAGAUCCACCUACACGGACAUGGAGAAGGAGAGAGACUUUUAUUUUGGUAAGCUGCGGAACAUUGAGCUGAUCUGUCAGGAGAAGGAAGGCGAGAGCGACCCCACCCUGCAGAGGAUCAUCGACAUCCUCUACGCCACAGACAACGAGCAGAACCUGCAGAACGUGCAGAACCUGCUGCAGAACAUGUGAGGAACAUGUCAGGAACAUGUGAGGAACAUGUUCAGACUUCAGUGCAGGAUGGCUUUGUGAUACCUGAUGCUGAGGAGUCAGAGGAGCCAGAGGAGUUUUAAUGCUCAAGACUACAAGCAACUUGUCUCUCAGACGCCCUGGUCUACAAACGAGAUCCUUCCUCACGCCAUGUUUGGUUUUUAUAUCCGACACCAAACCUGAUCUUGAUUUGUGGCCCCUCAUCACCGCCACCUUCUUCUGUCCUGAACCUGAAUCCCAACCUGCCGGACGUCUUCCUCAUCUUCAGCCCGUCGUACAGCUCCAGCCCUUCUUCCACAAAAGGUCUCUGACCAAUUAUCAACAACAAUCGAGCCUCGGUCACUGCCACUGCUCUACAGCUGCCCCGCCCUCGCCUGGAAUCCCAACCUUCCCCAAACCAGAUGGUGAAUUACAUGUCUGCUUUUACAAAAGGACGUCCGUGUGAUAACCUCAGUGAUGUUCUGUGUGUAUGUGUGUUAAAACAUUUGAAACAAAUCAAACGUGACUAACCUCUGAAGACCCGGCUGUCGAGUCACAGACCACCUUGCCCCCGACUCCCCCGACAGCAGGCUGCGUGUCUUCACACCGAGUCUCCUCGUCACGCACAGCUUAUUCAUUUGGAGAAUGAUGAGGGGAAAAACCCACAUUCCCCAACGGAAGCUGAGUUUAUUAUCGAUCGUAGCAAUUUUUUCCAGCUGGUGGUGAUUUCAAACGUCCAGUAUCAUUGGAUGAGCAGGUUUGCAGAAAGUUAAACGUAGAAGAUGUGAAGGAAAAGGUCAAACCUGUGAAGGGCUCAGGGUUCAGUCUGUGACGAGGCAACAGUCGGGUGUUUCUCUUGGCCUUUUUUCCACCUGUGAUGAAUUUUCUCCAUGUUGAUUUUGUCGUGUUCAGCUUCAAAUGAGCUUUUGUAAAUUGAUGCUACUGUUUUAUCACAUUUUUCCCUCCCGUCUGGCAGAGUUCAGUUUUUUUGGGCUGCUGUUUUCUCGCAGCAGCUCGUGUUUUCGCCGCUCACACGCUCCCGCCUCACCUUUCACAUUUCACGCUUUGAAAACGUGCGAUUCUUUCUACCAGGAAAGUGGCUUACUCCUCCGGGCGAUCUGAGACUAGGUUUCCGAAGCUUUUGCAGGCGGUGGCCUUUUUGAUCAACACGCCAAUGUUUAGUAAGAAAGUGCUAAAAUAAAGUUAGAGACUGCAUGAUUGUUUUCAUAUGUUUUUGUCUUUUUGGAAAAGUCUGUUUUAAGGAACAUGCACUGUUUGAUACCAGUGGCCUUUAAUCAGCCCCUUGCCAAUAACACAAAUAUGAAUCAUUCGAACGGAUGAUGUGGAACCAGAGCAGCCACCUGACGAACACUGAGCUCGGACUGCGGCUGCUCCUUGUAGCCACGUGAUCUGAGACGCUGUGAGCGUUUCUUCAGGUCCAUCACUGCAACUUCAAAACAAAGUGUGAUGAGUCUGAACCUUAAACCUUCACGUUGCCGCUCUGAAGGCGUCCGCCUGUGUUUUCUACUUCCACACCCUGAUUCAUUUUUUUUAUUAACAUUGUUUAUUGUGGAUCUGACUUGAGACCAGUUUUUGUAAAAUAUAAUUUCUGACAAGUUUGUAUCUGAUUAGAAACAAACAAGAGUUGAUUUCACGCAAACAGUAAAACACACAACUUUAUCUAAUGGCCUUAUUCAUAAAGACUUUUUUCCAAAAGAAAAUAUUCUUCAUAACUUUUUUUUCCUUUAACUUUUCUGUGUCUCUGCUGUUCUGGGUAAAUGUUUGUGCUGUUACAGUCGUAUUUUUAAAUGUGUUCUGAAAAUAAAGUAAGUUGGAGGUGUUUUGGACGAAGGCUCGGAUGUGUUGCAAAGCGCCUGUCUUCCAUUGAAUGAUCCAAAAGACGGACAACUGCAGACGUACAAAUUAAUAUUCUGUCAAAUUAAAGAUCUUUGUCCAGUCAAUCACAUUCAUCUUUGGAUAAACACACGUCCUGAAAGUGUUGUAGCUAAAUGUUAGUUUCAUGCUGUUGAACAAAACAUCAUCUGGGUGGAUUUGAACUUUGUUCUUGUUUCAGUUAAAAGCGUCUUAGUUCUUUUAGUGUGACUGUGAUGUUGGAGCUCGGUUGUUAGACUCUGACUCGUGACAUUUGAGUCUGAUGAACAAUGUCCCACUUGUUUUCUCUGUUGUGGUCUUUAUUUUAUUUUGAAAAUGCAACAAGAAAAAAAUGGUGUAGUCGUUUGUAGUGGAAGCUCCUCCCUCGUCUCCUUCCUUCCUUGUCUCCUUCCUCCUUCCUCCUCUGCCUCUUCUUCCUCAGUUCUUGUGAUUCACUGCUGAGCAGCAGACUGAAUACCGAGCAGCAGGACGGAUCUGCUGUUCUGACUGGACCUUUGUUCACUUAGUCGUAUUUUAUUCUUAAUGUUCUGAACAUAAAAAGAAAACUGCUGAGAGUUUCAGACGUCAGGCUGCAGCCGAGCUCCAUCACAUCUCCAUGAAUCAAACAAGAAAAUAAUCGUGGUUUGAUUUUUCAUCACAUUUCAGGUGUUGAUUUUAGAAGAAUCUCUUACUUAGAUUAUGCAUCAGCAGCUGAAAGUCAAAACUUAACAUACAGACGCAGAAAAACGGUGAACUGUCUGAAAGUGAUGAGCAGAUUUUCUCUAAAAGUUAAAUUGUGGCUAUUUAAUAUAAUUUAAAACCUACUGAUGUGCGCGAGUUUCUGAAUUAAUCAAUUUCGUUCUUCGUUUAAUCAAUAUUUUUAUUAGCGAUGAAAUGUCAAAGAUGUUUCAUGUUUUUGUCUGACACGAUCAAAAGACGAAACAAGGAAAUGUUUCUCGUUUUGUUGGACGGUUAUUAAUCAAAUCACAGGUGAACAAUUUACAGAUUAGUUUAAGCUGCUGAAUAUUUACACUGAACUUUAAAUGAAACUAAAGAUCAGACUGAAGCCAACACACGUCUGGUUUUCUAAACUGGAUAAAACAAGUUUGUUGGACUUGUUACAGCAGCUCUUCAGGAAGCAGAGGAUCAUGGGUAAUAUCCAGCGUUAUGACACAGCUCAACACAUUCAUACACUUUAGUUUUUUUCUACUCAUGAAAACCACUUCAUCACCACAUGUGGCUGCAGGGGGCGCUGUUGCUCAGUAACAGACUUCAGUCACUGGUCAGCUGAUGAGAAUCUUUAAGGGAUGAUUUUGACAAUCAGCUGUAGUAAAGUAUUUAAUAUGUUUCGACUGUUCGGGUCAGUGAUUGUGUGUUUUAUUGUCAAAGUGUUAACGAGCUUCGUGAGGAGCUCUCGGUUGCCGUGGGAUACGUCGUUAUCUCGAGGCCUUGACUCAAAUCAGUGGUGACAUCACAUUCUGAGGCUCUGACCUCUGACCUUUCCCCUCGUAGCUGUCAGUGUGUUCACUCACCCGAGUGACACUGACUCUGAUGUUUGUUAAAAAUCUGAUUAACUCGAUUUUAUGGAAUCAAGUUUCGUACAAAUAAUAAAACUGAAUUUCCUCGUCAA